AUUUUCCCCAGCUUCCAUCUCUCUCGGCCCUUCAUAUCCUGCUAUCUUGCCUAGUCGUCACCAUGGCAAAUGUCUGCACCUCCUCCUUCCGGCUCUCUCUGCCCAACGUCCUACGAAAUGCUCUCCGUUCCGAGUUCGCCUUGGACGUCCAUCAGAGUCCCGCAUAUCGAAGGCUCUCCGUAACGCCUCUCAGUCACCGCAGAAUCCCCAAACGAAACUUUGGCUCCUCCCCCAAAUCCCAGCUCUACCCAUCACCGAAUCGUCUAUCGCCGCAGGAACCUCCUUCGACUAGUGCUGGUAUCCCCACCGACGGACUUGGAAAGGCCCCCCGUGGGAAGCGGUCUACAGAGGAUGCAUUGACCGAAGCGAACGCGGCAUCAGACCCUGCGGACAUCAACUUCAGACCAGAGGACUAUCCAGCCGAUACUCAUGCUCUUAAGAAAAGCAAAACCAAAUAUUCCCGAUCGAAAAAGGGACCACGCGACGAACAAUCCUCCAGCUCCACUGCGCCCGCCCCCGCCCCCGCCCCCCAGAAGAAGAAGAAAAAGCUAGAGAAGUGGGAGAUCCAGAAGAAGGCUUUGCAGGGGAAGUUCAAGGAGGGAUGGAAUCCACCCAAGAAGCUGUCUCCGGAUGCCAUUGAGGGUAUUCGACACCUACACGCGGUAGCACCGGAGCGAUUCACCACGCCUGUUCUUGCGGAAGAAUUCAAGGUGUCGCCUGAGGCUAUCCGGCGGAUAUUAAAGAGUAAAUGGCGGCCCUCUGAAGCCGAACUCGACGACCGGCGGAAACGAUGGGAGAAGCGGCACGAUCGGAUCUGGGGUCAUAUGUCUGAGCUUGGUCUGCGACCGAGUACGAAGCGGACACGAGAGUUGGUGGAUGCGAACCAACUGCUCUACGGCGAUAAGAAGAAGGGGCCUAGGGAGUAAAAGUUGCUACCGCCUAUGGCUCGUGCAGGGCUUCGUAUGUAUAUUGACACCAUACCUUGUAUUAUAUAAUAUACUUAGUCGAUUUUGCAUAAAUCGCAUAUGAAGGCGUUGGUCUGAUUUGCCGGGGGUUCUUUUUCUUCGUCUUCCGAAUGCCCUUUAUUUCCGAUCCGGGGGCACAUGGGCUGCAGUGCGGGCCUUGUAAUAUACCGGUUUUGAAGGGUCGAAGUUUUGCGGGGACAAAGUUGUCGGCGUUCUAUUGACUAUUUCCCCCAAGUUUGUCCGAAAAUGAUAGACGUAUCAUG